GGUGUGUGGGUGAUUUGUUGCAGCGUGAUAGGUUUAUUAUUCCAGUUGUUUGUAAUGAAAAUGUCAUUUCCUAAUGAUCGAGGUCCGUGGGACACAAGUAAUGGUCCAGAUUUUCCAGGAUAUCCAGCAGAUCUAAAUGGUUACCCUGGUAUAUGGGAUCCACAUCACUGCCUUUCAGCCCAAAAUAGUGCUCUGAGUGGAUAUCCCGACAUCUUAACUGCAUUUAAUUCGGAUCUAGUAUGGCAGCGACAGCAAUGCGGUGGAUUGGUGCCUAAUCGUCUGGGAAGAACCGGUUCCGCUAACGGAGGUCAGCAACCAAAGAAGACUAGAAGAAGAGUGGCAACUAUUGCUCAAAGAAGAGCCGCUAAUAUAAGGGAGAGACGUAGGAUGUUUAACUUGAAUGAAGCGUUUGACAAAUUAAGGAGAAAGGUACCAACUUUUGCUUACGAGAAACGGCUUUCCCGCAUCGAAACUCUUCGACUUGCCAUCACCUACAUCAGUUUUAUGACAGAACUGCUUCAUGGACAUCCACAAGAUCAUAAAACAUCAGAACUUUACGGCCAAAGAGAAUAUAUUCCAUACGGAAUCAUCAACUAAAUAAAAAG